AUGAAGCUGCUCAUCUUUGCCUGUUUGCUGAGCUUGGCUCUUGGCCAUGAUAUAGUGUACACGCCGGGGUUUAGUUACUAUCCGGCUCCAAGACUGGCCUAUGCACGCAGUGGGGCCGUGUUGCCUUUGGCCUAUUCCCGGUUGAUCACACCGGCCAGCCAGUCGCAUGUGUACCACAGCGUGGCGACUCCGAACUCCUUCCAGCAGCAAUAUCGCACCGACUACCAGCCCCUGACCUACGAGUAUCUCUACUAA